AUGUCGCAACAAGCCUCGCUCCAGUCCUUUUUCACCCAGUCUUCUCAGCAAGGGACAGCCCCUCCGCAGAACAGGAAUACUCCGACCUUUGCAACACAAUCCGACUACAACGACCCAUACCAACCGAGAAUUGACUACCUCUACCCAAGCGUCGUUCCCCAGGACACUCACACCCAGACGGACCUGAACUACAUCACCUGGGCCAUUAGACAUGCCACCAGCCGAAUCUGCCCACCCACUGACAGGAUUGAAAUCCUCGAAGAGCAAACGACCACACUCCGGAGAACAGUAGAUACACUGAGGCACCAAAUCGAGGCGCAAACAAACAUGAUCACCAGCAUGCACUCGGCGAUCCAUCUUCUUCUCAACAAACAACCACAACCGCAGCAACCGCAGCAACCACAACAACAGCAACAACAGCAACAACAGCGAAAACAACAACCGCAGGGACAGAGAAUGCCCCCUCCAGCAGUCCCCCAAACAGUUCCCCAAGCAGCGCCUCAGGCAGCUCCUCAGGCCCCCCCACCCGCACCCCCCCAACAAGCCCCACCCCCCGCCGUGGCCUCGGCCCCCGGUCCUGCCCAAGGAAACUUCCAGGUUGUUGAGAGAAGAAAGAAGUCUGCAAAGCCAAAAGCGGAUCCUCUCUUCAAGCCAGAAUAUACCAAAAUCAACAGACAAAUCAUUGUCGAAACCACUGCCCCAUCCGACGUCAAUCCCUCCGAGAUCAGGACCCUAGUCAAUUCAAGAAUUCAGGACGAAUCCUGCCACUUCAUUUCAGCAAGGAGAACACCCAAGGAUAACUUUAUCCUGGAAACAAAGUUUGUCACCCCAGCAUCGAAGGCAAUGGAAUACGCCAAAGAAAUUGAGGAGGCUCUCCUCACCCUACAAGUACCAGUCGCUAUCAUCCGGGCAAACUCCAAAUGGUCAAAGUUCCUUAUUCACGGAAUCCCCACGACGGUCGGAGAAGGCGUCGAGGCAGGACAACUGGUAGCAUCCGAAAUUAGAAGCAACUAUGGAGAGAACUUCCAACUUGCCCAGGUUCCCCGCUGGAUCUCUAGAGCAGAGACUCGAAUGGAGAAAACCCACUCAUCAAUGAUCAUCGCGCUCCCAGGACAAGUUACAAUGGAAUCACUAGGAGUUAAGUUCCUAUCCCUCUUUAACCGAAGCUGCCACAUCGAGGCCUUCCUCCCAACCUUCCCAGACACCCAAUGCGCGAAGUGCCUCGAAUAUGGUCACCGCCAGGAGAAAUGCAAAAACAACGGGAGAUGCGGUCACUGUGCCGGAGACCAUCUCACCAGCUUCCACCCAUGCAAUCAAUGCCAGGGAGGAUAUAGAUGCACCCACACCCCAAUCAGAUGCCUGAACUGCAAAGGAAUCCAUAAGGACUCCGACCCAGCAUGCCCCGAAAGAGUCAAACGCCGAUUCCUUAACAAAGGAAAAGAAAGCGCCCCACCCGUUCAAGACCCACCGGCCGCACCCAUCCAAGAGCCUCGAACCACCGCGCUCGCACACCAACUCAAUUGUGCACGGAGCGAACUCAUUACCAAGGCGGCGGUAGAAGAAGCGGAAACAGACUCUAGCAUUUAUUUCCUAUUAUUACAAGAACCAUGGACCUCAGCAGAGGGAUACCCACCAGAAUCGAACCUCUUUUAUAUUUUUACAGCCAGCAAUACCAAUACAAAAUGCGCAACAUACGUCCGCAAACAUGCCAACCUCAAACCAAAACACCACUACACACACGAUAAUUUCAUAGUAUCGAUUACGGUAGAAAUCCAGAACAAGAAAACCCAAAUCCUAAACAUAUACUCCCCAGGCCGAAGUGGCCCCUUCGCCCAGAUAGCAAGUACAAUCGAAACCCUUGAUAACUGUCUAGUAAUGGGAGACUUCAACUGCCACCAUCAGAUGUGGUACGGAGUAAAUUCACAUGAAUACAGAAACAACAUUCGAGCAGACCGCGUCAAUGGUGCACGACUAAAACGAUGGAUAACCAGACAGAAACUGUCCCUCCUGAACGAACCAGGCGUCUUUACGCAUUUCUCCAGAGACAGAGGGAAAAGGCCCACAACUAUCGACCUUACAUUUGUAAAAGGCCCAAUACUCGAUCACAACCUACGAUGGAGCACUGAACCCUACGGAGCGGGCUCAGACCAUGGGAGAACCUCCGUUCACUUACACUUGGAGAAACCACCUUUUGUACCAAGACGAAUGUGGCGACAAACAGACUGGAAGCUAUUGGAAAACCACAUGUCAAACAUUUCCAUCCCUGCAGAGGCAUGGGAAACCAAGGAACUUACGGAACAGACUGUUGAUUUCUUUCUAGAACUGGUCAGGUCAACAGUCAGCAUAGUAACACUGCUCUCGAAGGAGGGGGUAAGAGCCAACUCCUGGUGGUCAGAUGUAAUGAAACAAAUGAAGGCAAAGGUAAAUGCAGCAGAAAGGAAGGCGAGGAACACAAGGAAACCCAAUCACGUGGAGGAACACCGGAAGGCUUGCAGAGAAUGGACAGUCAUGAUCCGGAAAGCAAAAGCAGACCAGCGGGAAAAGACGAUGAACGAGGCGAAAGGUAGUGAAGUCUGGAGAAUCCUAAACGUAGGAAGAAGAAGAGACACAAUCAUACCAACCAUACAAGGUGAAGAAACGUUUGCGGGGAAGUGUCAAUCUCUAAGAGCCCAACUCUUCCCCUCGAAACGGACGUCCCCCGACCAUCCCCCCUUGAACAUUAGACCCCCCUCUUUUGACCUUAGCAAUACCUUCGAUAUAGUCACCCCCGAAGAACUUAACAAAGCAGUCGACUCCUGCCCAGCGCACUCGGCGACCGGCCCGGAUGGCAUCCCUUAUACCUUUAUCAAAGCUAUAGUCAAAGCAAAGACAACUCUAAUCCAAGACAUGUUCUCCGCUAUGCUCCGGCACGGUGUACAUCCAGCGGAAUGGAAAAUAGCUAAGUGUAUCCCGAUCCCAAAACCCGCCUACCGGCCCAUUUCCCUUCUACAAUGUUUCAGCAAAAUCCUGGAGAAGAUAGUGGCCCAGAGAUUCUGCACCGCUGGAGAAAUCCUAGGCACGCUCUCAGCAAACCAAUUCGGAGGAAGACCAACCAUCUCGGCAAUCGAUGCCCUCCUGAGAACCUUGACACCAAUACAACAAAACCUACUACUAAAAAACAGCACCGGAAUCGCCCGGCGAGAUAGACCAGCGAUCCUAACCAACGACAUCCAAGGAGCAUUCAAUUGUAUCGACCACCUACUCCUCGCGGAAAUCAUGCACCAACAAAAAUUCCCCACCUAUCUGAUAGAAUGGUGCAAGAAAUUCAACACCGGCAGAAAACUACAGUUCCAAUUCAACCAUGAGCUAGAGGAACCACAGCCCUAUGAUUCCGGAGUGCCGCAAGGUAGCCCCAUGUCUCCGGUACUAUUCAUGAUCUAUGCCGGAGUAAUUCUGGACCCAACUAGCAGCCCAAAAGAGAUGGACACAACUUACAUUGAUGACGAUGCGCUGGUGCAAAUAUCCAAAACACCAGGCUUUACAAUCAAGAGAAUGGAGGAACGAAUGAGAGAGAGACUAAUUAAAGCUGAGCCACUCCAAAUCAAAUACGACCCGGACAAAUCCGAUCUGAUCUUCUUCCGGCCCACCACAUCAUCCACACAACAACCACGACUUCCAGUCAAAGUGAACAACAUCAAUAUAUACCCCAAAGAGAGGCUGAAAUACGUAGGAGUCUGGAUAGAUCCAACCCUCUCCUUCCGGCCCCAUAUCGAAGCAGCAAUCGCAAAAGGCCUAAAAGCCCUCCACCAAAUCCGAAACACCGCCCGCCUGCCAGGGAUAACAGUCAAGACAGUUCAUCACCUAAUAACACAGGGCUUCCUUCCAAGCCUGCUCUACGGAUCUGAGGCUUGGUGGACUGGCGCAGACCACAUCAUUAGAUCGCUAGAACCAUUAUACAACGAAGCUGCCCGGAUCAUCACGGGCCUACCCCGAUGGACCAAGAGAGCUAAACUCCUCCGAGAAGCAGGACUACCCCCCCUAGAACACCUCCUAACAUAUCGCUCAAGAAAGUACGGAACCAGAAUACUCUGCACCGAGGCAACCCACCCUAACAAUGAAUCCCUAAUCGAGCUCCUCCCAUACAGAGAAGCAAACAUCAAAGGGACAGGUCUACACCGAAUCGCUUCCCUCCUACUCCCAUAUCAAACCCCCGGAAAUCCGAGAGACAAGUGGAAUCAAAACAACCUACUACGCGACCACCUGUUGGAAGAAUGGAAUACACACCCAAUACCGGACUACCAUCAUCGGGGGGAUUUCCGCCCCCCUUCCAGGAUUGCGAAACUCACCCUAACGGAAGCGAAAAAAGUUUUUCGAAUCCGGUGCCAAACCACCCGAAUCGAUAAACACGCGGUAUAUACAGACCCCGAACCAUGCCAGUGUGGUAUGGAAAACUCAGCGAAAUACACACUUAUGGAAUGCCCAGCGUGGGCUCGAAUCCGCGCCCCCCUGAUAGAAAAGAUCCCCAGAGCGAUAACCUGGGAAAACUGGAUGUUUACAAACUUGAAAACGGACCUUAUCUUACAAUUUGCAAAAAACUCUAAACUCUCGAAGUGGUACGAGUCGGCGGAAGCGGAGGUGGACCUAGAAGAGGGGACGGAAGAAAAUGAUUAG